UCAAAGUUAUCAAAUAUGGAUGACAUAAAUGAUUUCUUUGAUUUUUCUAAAAACUUUGAAAGAAAAACGGUACCUCGCGGUUGUGUCUCUGGAACGGUAGCUACUACUGCCUACACAACGGAGGACUCAAAGCAGACUAUGAGACGUGAACAUGUGGGUAAGGAAUACUCAGUAGGUGUAGCAGAAGCCGAACGAUUAAAAUUGGAACAGUUGGAUUUGAAUGGCGACAAUGACCUUUCCCGUUAUGGAGCUUCUUGCAGUGUUGUGGCUUCCUCCUGCAUGGAUGAUUUAGAAAGUUUGUCCGAUUCUGAUGAUCAAGGUGAUCAUCCAAAUAGACCAAAUCGUGUGGAUGACGGGAUUUAUGAUCGUUAUCCCUUCGAUUUGAGACGUGAUGCAAAUUUGCCAAUACAUGAUAAAAGAGAGGAAAUUGUUAACACCAUAAGAGCUAAUCCGGUGGUUGUCAUUGAAGGUGACACUGGUUGUGGUAAGACAACACAGGUCCCCCAAUACAUUAUAGAUGAUGCUUGUACUCGUCGUGAGUAUUGUAAAAUUAUUUGCACCCAACCACGUCGUAUUGCUGCCAUAUCAAUAGCUCGUCGGGUUUCUCAAGAACGUAAAUGGCCAGAGGGUUCUUUAGUUGGUUACCAGGUUGGCUUACAUGCUAAUAUAAGUGAAGAUACUAGACUUGUGUACUGUACCACUGGUGUGCUAUUGCAAAAAUUAAUACAUGAAAAAUCUUUGAGCAGUUUUACGCAUAUUAUACUGGAUGAGGUGCAUGAAAGAGAUCAAGAAAUGGAUUUUUUGUUAAUUGUUAUUAGACGUUUCCUGACCACCAACUCAAAACGCUGCAAGAUAAUAUUAAUGUCGGCCACAAUAAAUUCUUUAGCAUUCGCCAAUUAUUUCAAAAUAAAACGUGAACGAGCUCCCAUUUUAAAGGCCGAUUCUAGACGUUUAUUUCAAGUAAAAGAUUUCUAUUUAGAUGAUUUGGGACGUAUUAAUAAUUCGAGUGCUGAAAUUGAUAUUACUGAACCGGGUAUUUCGGCGGAAAUGUAUAGACUAGUUCUCAAACUAAUUAUAGUCAUUGAUAAUAUUGAAAAACAAGAGGUGGCUUUAAGCUUAAAUGCUCAAUCAAGCUCGACUAAUAGCACUUCGAUUUUAAUAUUUUUACCCGGCAUCAAUGAAAUAGAACACAUGUGUAAAAUAUUGGAAUUACUCAAUAAUUCGGAAGAAAAUACCCCCAAAUUAAGUCCCAUACGUUUACAUUCCUUAAUAUCGCCUGAUGAACAAAACAAAAUAUUCCACCAGGCCCCCAUGGGCUAUCGCAAAGUUAUAUUGGCCACCAAUAUAGCAGAAAGUUCUAUUACUGUGCCCGAUGUUAAAUAUGUUAUUGACUUUUGUUUAACCAAAGCUUUGGUUACCGAUACUGCCUCAAAUUUUACUUCUUUGCAACUACAAUGGGCCUCCAAGGCCAACUGUAAACAGAGAGCCGGUCGUGCUGGUCGUCUUAUGAAUGGCCGUGUUUACCGUCUAGUGCCCAGAUAUUAUUAUGAUAACUAUAUGGAUGAAUUUAGCAUUCCCGAAAUGUUACGCUGUCCUCUAGAGAAUGUGGUCUUAAAGGCCAAACUUCUAGACAUGGGCCCACCACCCGAUAUUCUAGGUCUGGCCAUGAGUCCUCCUAAUUUAAGUGAUAUACACAAUACUAUUUUAACACUUAAGGAAGUGGGUGCUUUAUAUACCACCGUAAAUGGUGUUUAUUCAGUGCAGGAUGGUGAUAUAAGCUAUAUGGGUCGUAUUAUGGCCUCUUUACCACUGAAUAUACGCUUAUGCCGUUUAAUUGUUUUGGGUUAUAUAUUUAGCGUAUUGGAAGAUGCCAUUAUAAUAGCUGCUGGUUUAAGUGUCCGCUCCGUAUUUCGUUAUGAAGGUGCAACGCCUCAAAGUGAUUGUAGUGGUUAUAUACAGAAGUUAGUGUAUGCUGAUGGUUCCGGUUCCGAUUUAUUUGCAAUUUUAAAAUCGUACAAGGUUUGGAAAACAUUGCGUGAACAAAACAGCUUGCGCGAGGAUGAGGCUGAAAUUAAAUGGGCUCAACGUUUUUACAUAAAUUUACGUUCGAUCAAAGAGAUGCAUUUGUUGGUACAAGAACUCAAAGAGCGAUUAGCCAGUAUGAAUUUCAAAGAGCAAACCACCUAUCAGCGUGUACACUGGAUGGAUCGCGAAAAAACAAUUAUAUUGAAAAUUAUAAUUGCAGGCGCCUUCUAUCCCAAUUACUUCACGCGUACCUCACUAAAUGAUACCGAGCGAGAUCGUAACAUGUAUCAAGCCCUCAAUGGCAACGAUCCCUGUCGCACGGUGUUUUUCACAAAUUUCAAUAAUAAACAUGUGGGUGAACUAUAUACUCGUGCUAUAAAAGAUAUUUUCAGAGAUGUUCGCAUACCAGCCAAAGAUAUUGAGGUACGUUUUCAGCCGGGAUCGGAAAAAGUGUUUGUGACAUUUAAAAAGAAAUUGGAUGAGGAGUAUAGCGAUAGUACUAAUCGUUUAAUAGUGCCGGGAAAAGUGAGCGUUGAGAUUUAUAAGGCCAUAAGAAUGCGUAUGUCUAAAAUGAAAACGAUUAUAAAUGUUAUGGAUGUAAAUAUGGGCAUAAAAUAUGCCGAAGAAAUAGGCUUGGUACGCGUGAAAGAUGGUGAAUGGCAGCUGGUGCAAGAGUCUUUAAAACAUAUCGAUUUGAUUGUUUUACCUUCAGUGUUUCAAAAGAAAUUAAGAGGCCAAAUAACUCAUAUUGACCAUUGUAGUAAAUUCUUUUUCUUGCCCUCAUCUGAGACUGAACGUUUACGUGACAUACAUGAUGCUCUCAAUGAUCCAAGAGAAUUGAAAGCUGGUGUCUUUGAUAGCCCCGCUUCUGUAUCCAAAGGCAUGAUUUUGUCCGCACCACUUGAUGAUAAAUAUAGACGUGCCAAAGUUCUAAAAGUUAUUUCGAAUGCUCGCACCUUACAAUUUCAAGUAUUUUUCAUUGAUAACGGCAUUAUUGGCACUAUUGACUUUGAAGAGUUGCGUUGUUUUUCCCCCAAACUAUCCUCUUUAGCCGAAAUACCACCACGUAUUUUUGAAUGCCGUCUUGCCAUGGUCCAGCCAUCUACAGUGCAUUCGCCCAAUGGCAAAUGGUCGGAUGAUGCCAAUGAAUUGUUGCAGAAGUGUGCCAAUGCGGGUACUGUUGAGUUGGAAAUAUUCUCGGUUGUAGAUGCCGUGGCCAAUGUUAUUAUUAAACUUGAUCAUACGACAUUCAAUGAUAUUUUGGUUGAAAAACAAUACGGUCGAAAAUGUGAUGAGAAUUAUUUGUCGAAGACCGAUUACGAUGUCCGUUUACGCAAACAAUCUUCAAGCAGUCGCUACCUCGACGAGGAUCAUAUGCGACAAAAUGAAGAAUACUUACGUUCCAAUCAAUUGAGCUGUGAUUUUGACAUUGCACCGCCACCAAAACAACUUUGUCAUAAACUCAUAAAAUUACGUGGUCCCUAUUCACCAUUGGAAACCAAAAUCUAUUCCGCCAUAAGAGUGGGCGAAUGGAAGUGCGUGCAAAUAGAAAGAGAGUCGGUAAAUUCAGUUCUACUCGAUACAGAUCCGCAAGAUGUCCACGAGCGUUUGGUGGUCGCAGCCGAUGUCACGGAAAACCAGUCAGGUGAAACUAUAAUAGCACGUUCCACAACAUUAAUGCCAAAUAUACACGGUUUUGGUGCACUAAUGACCAUGAUGUUUUGUCCCACCAUGCAAAUAAAACGCAAUAAAGACCGCACCAAAUAUGUGGCAAUUUUAGCGGGUCUAGGCUAUGAUGAACACACCUACAAGCCGUUGUAUGCUGAACACGAUGUUGUUAUGAAUUUGGAUGUGGAGAUAGAAAAGGAAGAUUUUGAAAUGAUUAAUCAAUUGCGUUACUGCAUGGAUGCCAUGCUAUUUACGGAUCAUGGCGAUGAACGUCCCAAUAUAUUGCCGAGUCAAAUGGCUGAUUUACAAGCCAAAAUUAAAGAAAUUGUGAUCAGACUCUUGAGUAAAAAUCGGAAAUACAUAGAGACUCAUUGUGGCGAAAACGAUAAUGUUUGGCAAUACCAUGAGCCUAGCGAAAUUCUAGAAACUGUUUGCAUUUUGGGUGAACGCACCAUAUUUCCCAUGUUAUCGACAUUACGUUUGUACGAUGAGAAAUAUGAUCGUAUACAAGCUUUACUAAUGCAUUGUGGCGAAUUGCAUAAAUUAAGACAAUUUGACGGUUCCAUUCAGCCCGUAACCUGUUUAUUGUGUAAUCAACCUUUAGAAAAUGUUGCUCAAAUACGCAUACAUUUGAUCUCGCAAUUGCAUCGCGAUCGUGAACAGCAAAUACAUUUUAAACCGUCAAAAAAAUAAGGUAUUUCUUCAUAGUUUUAGCAUAGAAUGAUAAAAGUUUAUUUUAGUUUUUAACCAAUUAUUAACUUACUUUUAACUGAAUUUCAAUCAGUUUUGUUUUAUUUUAAUUUCCACUGAAAUGGAUUUGUUUUUUUUUAUGUUUUAUGGACUUAUAAAAUUUAAUUUAUAACCAAAAUAAAUGAAAAUUUUUCUUAAAAUAAAA